AUGGCCGAAGACGAAAGCGGCGUACUGACGGUCUACGGCGUCGCCGGCCCACUCGCCCAAAUCGAUAAAACAAUCUUCUCCGGCAAGGCUGGUCGUGCCAAGAUGUUCCGUGGUGGCGUCAUCAUCGACGUCGUCACGCCUGAUCAAGCUCGCAUCGCAGAAGAAGCCGGUGCCUGCGCCGUCAUGGUUCUGGAGAACUUCGCCGCCGACAUCCGUACCCUACGCAUCGUAUCUCGCAUGUCCGAUCCCAAAAUCAUCAAAGAUAUCAAGGAAGCAGUCAACAUUCCCGUUUUCGCCAAGAUCCGUAUCGGCCACUUCGUCGAAGCCCAAAUCCUUGAUCAAAUCGGCGUCCAUUCCAUCGACGAAUCAGAGGUUUUAACCCCCGCCGACCCGGAAUACCACAUUAACAAACUCAUUAUCGAGACCCCAUUCAUUUGCGGCUGUAAAAACCUCAGCGAGGCCUUGAGUCGCAUACGCGAAGGCGCCGUCAUGAUCCGAACGAAAGGAGAGGCCGGCAACGGGAACAUAAUGGAGGCCGUACGCCAAAUCCGAUCGAUUACGGGCGAUAUUCGUAGACUAAGCUACAUGAAUGACACCGAGCUUGAUGCAUUUUCGAGGAGCAUCUUUGCACCUUACGAAUUGUUGAAGAAGAUAAAGGAACUAGGGAGGUUGCCGGUGGUUCAGUUCGGUGCCGGAGGUAUUGCAACUCCGGCAGACGCAGCGAUGAUGAUGCAGUUAGGGUGUGAUGGGAUUAUCGUUGGAUCGGGCAUUUUCAAGACUCAAGAUCCGGGUAAGACAGCUAAAGCGAUUGUUCAAGCUGCAAAACAUUACAAUGAUCCAGCUAUUCUUGCGGAGGUGAGUUAUGGAUUAGGGUCAGCAAUGGUAGGGAUCAUUCUUGACAACGAUGUUGCUAGAUUCGACUAA